AUGGCAAUUGAGAGGCCUGAUCACAAAGACUGGGAUAAGAGCAUCCAAGAGAUUCAGCGUAAUUUGAAUACCACACGAAGCAAGACAACGCAAAAGACGCCGUUCCAGGUGCUCUACGGGUUCAACGCCAGGCAUCAGGACAGUCAGUUACGCGCACUGGACGCAGACGAUUUCCCUCAGGCAAGUUUGGACCAUGUUAGACAGACGGCUAAAGACUCCAUCGAAAGGCAACAAACAAAACAAGGUCAGCACUAUAACCUGAGGCGGCGAGCCGCCCCAAAAUAUGAUGUAGGCGACAUUGUUGUUGUGAAACGUCUGCCCGUGCACACCGGGGACCGACAAAGACACAGCAAAAGUACAGAGGCCCUAUGGUCAUAG